GUAUGGUCCUCGCCCUCAACGGCAGCCACCUCUACGGUAACCUCCGGCCCUUGAUCCUGGGGGACCCGCGGGCGCUGGGCGGCGGCAGGAUGAUCGCUGCCGGAUCCUGGCCCCCGCGCAGCCUGACGAAGCUCGGCCCGUCGCCCCCCCCUUCGGCGCUGCCCACGGCGAGCCCCCUCCCCGCCAAUGACUCUCAGUGCGGGGAGCAGAUCCUCAGCUACGGCAACGUGGAGAAAGUUGUCAUAGGAGCCGUCCUUUCUCUCAUCACCUUGCUGACCAUCGCCGGCAACUGCUUGGUGGUCAUCUCCGUCUGCUUCGUGAAGAAGCUGAGGCAGCCCUCCAACUAUCUCAUCGUCUCGCUGGCCCUAGCCGACCUCUCGGUGGCUCUGGCUGUCAUGCCCUUCGUCAGCGUGACCGACCUCAUCGGCGGUGAGUGGAUCUUCGGCCGCCUCUUCUGCAACGUCUUCAUCGCCAUGGAUGUCAUGUGCUGCACGGCCUCUAUCAUGACUCUCUGCGUGAUAAGUAUCGACAGGUACCUGGGAAUAACAAGACCUCUUACAUAUCCCGUAAGGCAGAAUGGGAAAUGUAUGGCAAAAAUGAUCCUGUGUGUAUGGCUCUUAUCGGCCUCUAUCACUAUACCACCGCUCUUCGGUUGGGCCCAAAAUGUAAAUGAUGAAAAGGUUUGUUUGAUCAGUCAAGACUUUGGCUACACCAUUUACUCCACAGCAGUUGCAUUUUAUAUUCCAAUGUCAGUGAUGCUUUUCAUGUACUAUCAGAUUUACAAAGCUGCCAAGAGGAGUGCUGCUAAACACAAGUUUGCUGGUUUUCCCCGUCCAGAAAAAAUAGAAGGGAUUUCUAUGAAUGGAGUUGUAAAACUGCACAAGGAAUCUGAAGAAUGUGCUAAUUUUUCACGACUCCUAAAGCAUGACAAGAAAAACAUUUCCAUCUUUAAAAGAGAACAGAAAGCUGCCACUACACUUGGAAUUAUUGUUGGGGCUUUCACUGUCUGCUGGCUGCCCUUCUUCCUCCUCUCAACCGCCAGGCCCUUCAUCUGUGGUACAACAUGCAGCUGUAUCCCACUGUGGGUUGAGAGAACAUUUCUAUGGUUGGGUUAUGCAAACUCUCUCAUUAACCCUUUUAUAUAUGCUUUCUUCAAUCGUGACCUGAGGACAACUUAUCGCAACCUCCUGCAAUGCAGAUACAGGAAUAUCAACCGGAAGCUAUCAGCUGCAGGGAUGCAUGAGGCUCUGAAGCUUGCAGAAAAGCCAGAAUUUGUUCUGUAAGGUCAUUCAUCCUUUACUAUGAUAAUUUAUUGUUUUAUCACAUUAGCUUUUCCCCACAGAUUUGAAAGAAGAGUUAUGGGAAGAACCAGGUUUGUUGAGCACUUUUAAGGCAGUCAUCAAGAAACUGGAAGGUAGCAAGGUUAGUUCUUGUACAGCCUGCCAGUCCUAGUGAGCCUGGAGAAACAAGAAUUUGGGUGUAAGAGGAAUACCAGAAAGGGGGAGGGUGCAAGAUGUUUGAGUUGCUAGUGAGGAAAGACCAAAGUUUGUCUAACCCACUUGUUUGGCCAUUAACAACAAACAAAUUUAGAAGGUCUGAAUGUUGGAUGCAUUUUGUAUCCUAGAGAUUUUUUUGUUGUAAUAAAGA